UAGAUAGAUAGAUAGAUAUAGAGAGAGAGAGAGAGAUGCCAAAGAAGAUAACCCACUUCACCCAUCCAAAACACCCGUUGGUGCAAACCCUAAUCGACCGAAGAUUCAAGUGUGAUGGGUGCAAGUACCCUGGAUCCGGGCUGCGCUAUUACUGCGAUAUCUUCGACUUCGUCCUCCACGAUCGCUGUGCCACCUGCCCGCCGGCCCUCCACAUCUUCGCCCACCCUCUCCACCCCCUCACGCAGGUCGCGCGCACGGACCCAGCCGACCCCCGCGUCUGCGACCUGUGCCGGGAGCCCGUGCGCCGGACGUCGUACCGCUGCGUCGCGUGCGGCUUCGACCUCCACCCUCUGUGCGCGAUGCUGCCGCCGACCGUCGAGGCUGAGCUGCACUCCGGCCAUGCCCUCUCGCUCGUCCCCGCCAUCCCACAGCCGUGCUCGGCCUGCGGCGAGGUGUGCCUCGUGUGGCGCUACCGCUGCAUCCCGUGCAAGGUAAACCUCCACCCCCAGUGCCUCUUCGGGCCGGACGCCGAGCUUAGGGCCCUGAUGGCAAGUGGGAAUGAAAAAAACCACGCAUCGUGGUUGGCACCAAUUGGAUAUGAGAAUUAUGACAAUUUGGAUGAUCCCAAUGAUAAUGCCAUUGGUGUCGAGACAAUAAUUACACGGAGGGGGUUGAUCAAAGGAGAGCAUCAGUAG